AUGAGUACUAAGCCUCAAAAGUUCUUUGCUUCCUCCCCUCUCGCCUCCGAAAAUACGGACCCGCCUAAUCCAGCCUUAAAGUGGUUGUUUGAAGAGAAAGAUCAAGAUGGAGAUAACACUAUAUCAUUCUCCGAGCUCAAAGAUUUCUUGCAAGAAAUAUUCAAAAGUCGAACACUUCAACCUAACAAUAACGAUAAUACAACUGCGGCGAUUAUGAAAGAAUUCGAUAUCGACAACGAUGAGAAAAUAACAAUGGAUGAAUUUGUGAGUGGGAUGAGCAAAUGGCUUGAUGAUACUAAGAAUACCAUUAAUAAAAAGUACUCAGUUAAAUCACUCAAAGGCUUGUACCAGAUUCUUAAGUCGUGGGUACAAAAGAAGAGAGAAGAACGCGAGAUGAUGAAGCAUUUAAUCCGUUUUAAAUUCGAUACAAGUUCAACUAGCCACGGGCUGACCCGCUUCACAUUCUGCAGCAAAUCAAUUUCGUCCCAUGCCACCUGCACAAAUCAGUAG